UUCAAAUUCGAUUUUGUAAAAAAUGUCAACCUACCGCGCUAUCGCUCCCAAACGCAGUAGAUCUACAAUAGUACCAAGAACGACAGAUGAUAAAAUGGAUCAUGAAACAGCCGAUUUCAGGAAAAUUAUUAUAUGUAAACUUAUUCUAGUAGUGCUUACCCUAACUUGCGGAGCAGUUCUGGCGCUGGCAAUUAAUUUGAUUGUGUUAAAAGAAACCGAUACUGAAACCAAUUCUGAAUAUCGUUUAGAUGACAUCAUGGGCAUGGAAAAUUUUGAUAAACCUGCAGAAUACUGCCAAUUCAAGCACAAAUCAUCCUCCAAGUGUUUGGCCAUAUCAGGCACUGCAAUUCCGGAGCCCUUGUCAUUACUUCCUUGCGUGAAAUCAACUGCAUCUCCUGGGGCCGCUUUCCAAGUUUUCCAUUACGAAAGUAAAUAUUUAAAAAUUGAAAAUAUAACUAAGCCGCCAGAAAAUGGCAAUGAUCCUCCAGGAGGGUUUAUUGAUCUUUGUGUAACGGCAGCCUCGCCGAUACCAGCAGUUGACCGUUGCUCUAGGUCAGACCAAAAUCAAGUAUGGUACUAUACAGAAAAUGGACAAUUUUCUCCCAAAAAUCAUCGGGAAAUGUGUAUUACAAUUACGGAGAAGUUACAACAACUUGAAAUGGCACUAUGUCAUGAGGAUACUAUAACACUCCAGCAGUUAAUAUGUAUUCCAAGCAAAAAUCCCAGAAGAUUGAAAACGAAUUCAGCCCUAGCUUUGGAAAGUUUAACAGGAACAGAACAAGGCAAAGAAGACGGGGAAAAUAAUUAGGGAUCUCACAACUAACAAGAAAUGCACUUAGGGAUAAUAAUAAUUAUUUAGAAUGAGUUUUAUGUAAUAAGAAGAUAUGCUAAAAGUCACAAGUCUAGCUAUAUUUAAUGAAUAGGUAAUAUAAGUUGAUUGUUUAAACAUUACGAUUGCAUCUUUUAAUGUUAAUUUGAAGCGAUGGAUGUUAACUGUCUG